CAAUAUACAGCCAGUGUGCCGGGAAGGCUGUACGCGGCCAUUCGACGUCUGUGCCGGGGAGCGAGCGCACCGCCCGAGCGCGCCAUUUUUAAUCUGUGCAUUUUCGAUAGACAAUUUAGUGCUUGGUUUAAAAAAAUAAAAUGUUGAAAUACACAAUGAAGAAAUAUUGUGCGGAGGGGAGUAAAUUACAUCAAAUUAUUGUCGCCAGUUUAAUGGUUCUCCCAGUAUUCUCAUACGGCACAGCAAUCGGCUGGAUCUCCCCGAUGGGCCCGCGGCUCAUGUCCGAGGAGACUCCGGCCUCCGCCCCUGUACACCCUGACACCAUAUCCUGGAUGGCAUCAGUCGUGUACCUUGUGGGCACUCCCACUGUCUUCUUCUUUGGCUACGUUGUGGACAACUUUGGGAGAAAGAGAGCGUUAAUGUUGACGUCUUUUGCUAUGGCAGCUUGCUGGGCCUUAAAACUGUACUCAACCGAGACGUGGGCACUAAUAACAGCGCGAGCCAUAGUCGGGCUUGGAGUCAGUGGCUCCUAUGUCGUCACUCCCCUGUACAUCAAAGAAAUAAGUGAAGAUUCAGUCAGGGGAACGUUGGGAAGUCUGGUCGUCUUGUCCCAAAACCUCGGAAACUUGUUCGCGUAUGUGAUGGGAGAGUACCUCAGCUAUAACGGCAUGCUGUGGGUGUGUCUGGCUGUACCGAUACUGCAUCUGGUCCUGUUUACUGCCAUGCCAGAGACGCCCUCGUAUCUGCUGAAGUGUGGGAAAGUUGAGGAGGCACGCGAUGCCCUCGCUUGGUUGCGAUGCCGCGACGCGUCAGAGCCGCGCGUUGAGAGUGAACUUCAGAGCCUGCUCCUGGAGCUGGAACAGAGCAAGGCUGGAGAGCUAGGGGCUGCGCUCAAGACUAUGAUUACGGAUAUCAGCACAUUCCGUGCUUUCCGCAUCGUGCUAAUCAUCACCGUAGCCCGCGAGCUGUGCGGCUGUCUCGCUGUGUUACACUUCGCCUCGCUAAUCUUCAGCAAGGCCAGUGCUGGGGACUGGCUCCUGACUGCCAACCAGCAGGCUGCCGUGCUAGGGCUGGUCCAGUUUGUGGGAUCCUGUACAGCGUCUACACUGGUGGAGAGGACUGGGAGGAAGCCGCUGCUAGGCACGACGUGCUUCGUGUCGGGGCUGGCGAUGUGUGCGCUGGGCGCGUGGUUCUACGUGCACGGGGCGGAGGGCGCGGGCGCGGGCGCCUCGUGGCUGCCCAUCGUGGCGCUCUGUCUGUGCAUCUACUGCGACGCGGCGGGACUGCAGCCCGUGCCCUUCGUCAUCAUGACCGAGAUGUUCUCUUUCCAGCUCCGCGGCACAGUAACAGCAAUAGUUAUAGCAUUCGCUUGCGGGCUCAUGUCGAUAGAACUUCGAGUAUUCCAACCUAUCGCCGCCUCAGUAGGUCUUUACCUAAUCUUCUGGCUAUUCUCAGCGGUCUGCCUAGUCAGCACAGUAUACAUCGCCUUUGUAGUACCAGAAACUAAAAUGAGGUCUCUAGAUGAGAUCUACGCGGAAAUCGGAAGCAAAGGCACCAAGAAAGGCAAAGAGAAAGAUUGUGAAGCUGACGUCACUAAACUGUAGAUACGUCAUAUGUCGUUUUGAGGUUAGAUGCUUGUCUAAAGUAUUAUUGUUGUAUGUUUACACGGCGACACUUGUGGGGCUAAACUUUGUCGGAUAAUGGCGUUAAUUUAUUGCCGUCCUUUACUAACACAAGCGUGAGAAAAGGACAACAGUAGAUAUUAACUUAAAAAACUAAACUAGUUUGGUUUCUAAUCAUGGCUGUUUUCAAUGUUAUUUCUCUUAAUGAAAACAUUCUGAUGGUCUAAGUUUAGUGCGCGUGUAACAAAAUAAGCAUCACUACACACUCGUACACUCAUUUUGAGGCACGUACCCACAUAUAGCAUGGUAAACUGGUGUUCUUCGUACAUGUGGCGACGCAAGUCUCUGAACCUCUAUAACGGUAUUGCCACGUGUAUAAAGGCCAUUAGUAUAGUGUCGCAAUGUAAACGUAUCAUAAGUUUGGUUAGCUUAAACGGCUUCAGUGAUAUUUUGCACAUUACGUGUGUAGCUGUAAAUUUAUUCUAAGCUUCUAUACGGCAAGCUCACUCUAAAUUCAGUGCAAUGAUGGUACUUACCUAAUUAUGUUUAUAAGAAUGAAUACUAUUUGUAUAAAAUCUCGUUUGUGUAAAAUGGUAGCAUUGUAAGCAAGUGUUGCCAUCAUUUUAGUACCAAGUUGGUAGUUUUUUUUAGAUAAAUGGAAGUACCAGCCCAAUGGUAAUAUUUAUUUAUUUACGAGUGAGCUUGCACUAAUACUCAAACUUAUUAACGUAAGUAGAUUAGCGUUUCUUGCUAUCGUGGCCGCUAUUAUAUAUUUAAAUUUGUAGAUCGUCUGAAUGAGGCUAUAGAAGGUCACAGUCAUCAAAAGAAAAUUAAGAAAGGAAUCUCUGAAUACUUAAUAUUUUGUAAAAAACAUUUUUUCCUUAUACAGUACCUUUUGUACGUAAAUAUCAUAUUUUUCGAUGUAUGCACCCCUAUAUAUUAUAGUACGACGCUUAAUUUGUGCCAUUUUCUAGUACGCCUUACCUAUAACUCUCGCAAAUUGAUAAGUGCUGACCAUGUCGCAUUGAGGGCGAAGUGACGUCAUCUUGUCGCGACAAGCAGCAUUAAAACAGCUUGCAAUAGAAAACUAUAUGUACCUACUAACCAUUGACGUCACCAAAUUGACGGCCAUGCACGUUAGCCAUUUGCGAGGGUUAUACAAAUCGUACUUUUAAACUAUUUUUAUGUAUUUUCGACGACGUAAGAAUCUCGUGUUUUGUGGCAUUUUGUUACUUAGAAAUAAAUUAGUAUUUUAUGUAAAA